AUGGGAAACAAGAAACGCUUUCAAAACUGGGCUAUUGGCCCGUACGCCCAGCAGACGUCCACCCUGCGCUCGUUGAUCAACGGCAAAGAGCCGGCGGAGACGCAGGUUGCCCGAAACACGGCGAUCCGCGUCUUCACGAUGGCCCCCACCUGGAAUGACUGGCACGAGGAGCAGGACGUCUACGUCAUCUUCCCU